AUGCACUCCUCACUUUUGGGCUCAGUACUCACUGCACUGGCCAUUUCUUCCUUGCUUCCAACAGCUACUGCACAGACUUACACCUCAUGUAACCCGUUAGAACAGAGCGGUUGUCCAGCAGAUCCAGCUCUGGGAAAGAGCGUCGAUAUAGACUUUUCAUCGGGUUCUUCAAGCGAGUUUACGGAGUCCGGUGCUCCUACUUACGACUCUAAUGGUGCUGCCUUUACGAUAGCGAAAUCCGGUGACUCACCCUUUAUCGCUUCAAAAUGGUACAUCAUGUUCGGGCAUGUCGACUUUGUUGUCAAGGCUGCUCCCGGCACUGGCAUUGUCAGUGCUGCAAUCCUUCAAUCUGAUGACCUGGAUGAGAUCGAUUGGGAAUGGCUAGGCGGUGAUAACACCCAGGCCCAGAGCAACUAUUUUGGCAAAGGGCAAACGACGACAGGCUACAAUCGAGGGGCUUUUCACGCAGCACCAAGCAAUCACGACGAAUUUCACACCUACAGCAUCGAUUGGACUGCCAAUGAGAUUGUCUGGUCUAUCGACGGUACCACCGUGCGGGCUAUGACUCAAGAUCAAGCUGUGGCUGGCCAGUAUCCUCAAACGCCCAUGUAUGUCAAGGUUGGUGCUUGGGCGGGAGGAGACCCAUCGAAUCCUCAGGGCACAAUUGAAUGGGCUGGUGGUCUUACAGAUUACUCCGCUGGUCCAUUCACCAUGUACCUCAAAUCUGUACAUGUCACGGACUAUUCGACCGGCUCUGAAUAUUCAUACAGCGGAACCAGUGGGACAUGGCAGUCUAUUGUGUCCACCGGUGGCAAGAUCAACAGCCAAGGUGAUGGAACACCAGUGUCCAGUUCAACUCCUUCGGUCACGUCUCAAGUAACAACAGGAAGUGCUCCUCUGGCUUUUGGCAACAGCGAUGGCGAUUCCACUACUACGACCAGGACCGGCUGGCCCUGGUCAGGAACAGCCACCACAACAGCUGUCACCGUGACCCCUACCCCUUCGUCGUCCUCGUUGCUGCCCUCACAGUCGGGUUCGGCGUCGGCUUCCUCCAUUGAGGCCUCCGGAUCAUCUCGCUCUAAUACAAGUCCGAUAGCUACCACAUCUCGCAGAACAAGUUCUGAAGUCGUGACAGCUCCAACCACAUCUAUUUCUGCACCCGGAACAAGCCAGGCGAGCGGCACAUCACAAUCAUCAAAUCCAUCGAAUGGAUUUCAUUCUUCGAGCACAACGGCUGUCACCAAGGCAUCGGGAAACCGAUCUUCAGCUGCAACAACGACUUCUGCACAGUCUAGCAGUUCGACUAACCAGACGGGCAGUAUGACGUUGCCUACCUCCACCCGCUCUGCUAGCAUAUCAUCACCAUUGCCGACACAGACAGGAAUGCCGCCAGCCCCAAACAACGCCUUCCAGCACUUUGCUUUUGAUUCUUGGAUGAUUUUGAGCGUAGCUAUAUUUUGGUUCCUCUUCUAG